AAUCCCGCGCCUCAAAUUCCUACCUGAUACAGCUCCACGAGAUGUUCUCCUCAGAGCUCAUUAUUAUCACAUCAUGGAGCACAUCCUCCGUGCUAGCCGAAAUAAACUGAAACCUCCAGCAUAUUACCCAACUGUAAAGAUUUUUGCAGACCUUUCAGCGACCACGCUCCGCAAACAUAAAUAUUUCUCCCAA